CCCCCCUCACCAUCCUCAGCCAUGUCCAACAACCCCUCGUUCGUCUUGCGCAAGAUCGAGGACGUCGCCUACGAGGAGAGGCCCGUCGCUGAAAUUAAGGAUGACGAGGUCCUCAUUGCGGUCAAGAAGACGGGCAUUUGCGGUUCUGAUGUGCACUACCUCGUCCACGGCCGCAUCGGGGACUUCAUCGUCGAAAAGCCCAUGGUUCUUGGCCAUGAAUCCGCAGGCAUCGUCCACAAAGUCGGCUCAAAAGUCAAGGACCUGAAGGUCGGCGACCGCGUCGCGAUGGAGCCCGGCGCAACCUGCCGUGUCUGCCACGACUGCAAGCGCGGCCGCUACGAGCUCUGCCCGGACAUCGUCUUCGCGGCGACGCCCCCGUACGACGGUACGCUCGCGCGCUACUACCCCAUCCCCGCGGACCUGUGCUACAAGCUCCCGGACAACCUCACGCUCGAGGACGGCGCGAUGAUGGAGCCGCUGUCCGUCGCGAUCCACGCCGUCGCGAACAUCGCGCAGCUGCGCGCGAACCAGUCCGUCGUCGUCUUUGGCGCGGGCCCUGUCGGGCUGCUGUGCAUGGCGGUCGCGCGCGCGCUUGGCGCCUCGCGCGUCGUCGCGGUCGAUAUCGUGCCCUCGCGUCUUGAGUUUGCGGCGAAGUACGCGGCGACGGAGACGUACACGCCGCCGAAGCCCCAGGAGGGCGAGACGCGGCUCGCGUACUCGGAGCGCAACGCCAACACGAUGAAGGAGCAGCUCAAGAUUGCGGAGCGCGGGCCGCAGGGUAUUGAUGUUGUUGUGGACGCGAGCGGUGCGGAGGUCUCGAUCCAGACGGGCAUCCAUAUCGCGAAGCACGGCGGCACGUUCAUCCAGCUCGGUAUGGGCCAGGCUGAGAUCACCAUCCCGGUCACCACCCUGCUCGUGAAGGAGAUCAACUUCAAGGGUUCCUUCCGCUACGGCCCCGGCGACUACCAGCUCGCGAUCGCGCUCGUCUCGCAGGGCAAGAUCGACCUGAAGCCGCUCGUCACGCACCGCUUCAGCUUCGACCAGGCCAUCCAGGCGUUCCAGACGACGCGCGCCGGCAAGAGCGAGGACGGCAAGCCCGUCAUCAAGGCCGUCAUCUCCGGCCCCGACGUGUCCCCCGACGACCUCUCAUAAUUCUGCUCAGGGUUGAAGGCGGACGUGGCCGCGUCCACGGUCCGGUGGGAGUGCUCAGCGCUCAGGGGCAGCGUGGAUCCAGUGAACAGGAGAAGACACACGGCGAAUAGGCCGGACUAUCUGUACGGAAGUAAUACCGACGAUGUACACUACCUUCGGGAUCUGGGGCUGUCGUCUGCGGUAAAGACAGCGGUUGUAAAUAAAAGGCUUCGAACUUGCUUGAUCUUUUGUAUUUUCA